AUCAGAUCCAAGCAGCGGCUGUCUACAUGCGGACUGUGAAAACACAAGACUGCUGCAGCCAAAAGCCAGGAAGGACAGAGCAUCUGAAAACAAGAAAGACCAGAUCAGUUCCUCCAUCCCUCAGGAAUCCAAUUACAGAGGAUUACAAGGAUAAGAUGCCCGCAGUAUCAGCCGUCCCGCGACACAUAAGGUGUAGAAAGAGAGAGCGAGGAUGGCAGGACGCGUCUGCGUUUCCCCAGAAGACGGCUGAAACAGAAACAGAGUCAGUGACUCUGACACCUAGACCUGUUCCUGUGUGACGAGUUCUCCUCAAGACUGGAGGUCAGAGAGCUCGUACCCUGGCCGUCUCCCCCAGGGUCGAUCCGAUGGAGGGCAGGCCUCUCUCGCCCCUCUUGCUGGCCGUACUGUUUCUGGCGACAGGCGCGAGCGAUGAAGAGCACUCCCUGCACACGCAUCAGGUCAGCACGGCUCAGUGCGGAGAAUACAGCAAUCAGGUCCUGGAGGACGGCAUGUGUCGACUCAUGGCCACUCUGCCCCAGCUGGACGAGCAGCGCUGCCCGGACAUGUUCCGCUGUACGGAUGAGGUGUCGUACUGGCUUCACGAGAACGAGGAACGCAAACAGCAGAUUCUGGCCCUGCGGGAGACGGUGUCUGAGCUUCAGGAGGAGCUUCGCAACCACCGCCAUCGAGUCAAAGUCUUAGAACUACAGAGCGAAGAGAAGAACCGCAACAAUUCAUCUAUUGAGCAGCGCUUGCACGAGCUGGAGGAUCAUUACGCCGAGGCCACGACCUUGCUGCACAUCCAGGGCUCGCUGAUCUACGAUCUCCAGGCCCAGAUUCAGAACCUCUCCCUGCUCGUGGAAAAAGUCAGACGCAACCCGGGCUGCAUGAUCAACAUAGUCCGCACCAGCCCGAUGCUCAGCGCUCAGGAAGCCCUGCAUCCCGAGGUGCAGCAUGUCAGGAACUGCCCCAUCGACUGUGCCUCCAUCUACUAUAAUGGCGUGCGUCGCUCUGGGAUCUACACUGUAGUGCCCUCACUAGGGGCCAUGCCCGUGGAAGUUUACUGCGAUAUGGACACAGAAGGUGGCGGCUGGACCGUGAUCCAGCGUAGACAAGACGGCUCUGUGAACUUUGACCGCAGCUGGAAGGAGUAUAAAGAAGGGUUUGGAGACCUGCACACCGAAUACUGGCUGGGCAAUGAACACAUCCAUGACCUGAGCAGUCAGGGAGACUACAUGCUCCGUAUCGACCUGGAGGACUGGAGCGGGAAACACAAACACGCCGUCUAUCAGAGUUUCAGUGUGGAGGACGAGAACACUCAGUACCGCCUGCAUGUGUCGGGCUUCAGCGGGACGGUGGAGGACUCCUUCAGCUGGUAUCACGACAAGCAGAGCUUCAGCACGCCUGACACGGGCAACAUCUGCGCCGAGAUCUCCCACGCCGGCUGGUGGUACAACCAGUGCUUCUACGCAAACCUCAACGGCAUCUACUACAAGGGUGGCCGGUACUCGCCGAAGGGGAAGAACCCUCUAGGUCCGGAUGGUAUCGUGUGGUACACCUGGAAAGAUUCGGAUUAUUAUUCUCUGAGGAAGGUCAGCAUGAUGAUCCGACCCAGGACCUUCAGACAGCAUCUGUCACCCUGAAUACUUCAAUCAGCCAAUCACAGUUCUCAGAGCCACAGCGAUGCGAGACGCAUGGAUUCGUCCAGGCUGAAAAUCUGUGCAUGGUUUUCAAGAAAGCUGUGUAAGCAUUUUUUUUUAGGUUUGUACCAAAGACUAGUGGAGGACUGCUUCUGAGACCCGAGAAAUAAUCCUCGAAAGUCAGCGUUUGCCAUUCAGUGUGUUACUUGCCUAUAUUUUCUAUACCCGUGGUUUUAAGAUUUAAAUAUUUUGUUGACUUAUUUUAUAAAUGUGUAUUACAAGUAUAUGUAGUUUGUGUAGCAUGCGAUGGACCAAAGACCCUUUUGAUUUUAUUAAACCCUAAAUAGCAACAAAUGAUAUAUUAUUGCAUUUAAUCAAAUGUACAGUAACAUUCAAAAUCUGGGGCGGGAAAAGGUUUUGAAAGAAGACUAAGGCAGCAUUUAAUUCAUAAAAAAUAAAAUAUUGUGAAAUAUUAUUACAAAUUAUAAUUUUUUUAAAGUUUAAAAUUUAUUCCUGUGAUGCAAUGGCAAAUUUUCAGCACAUAAUCCAUCUGAAAUUAUUAUUAUAUGCUGAUUUUAUGCGCAAGAAACAUUUCUUACAACUAUCAGGUUUUUUUUUUAAAAGCACUACUGACCCCCAAAUUUUCAACGCUACUAUAAUUUUUUAAAUAGAAAUUUGUAAAUCUAAAAAUAUUUCUUUGCAAUGUUGCAUAAUUAUGUAAAAACUCAAAACUUUUAAAGAGAGAGAAAAGACUUGAGUUGAGUGAUUUUUCAGGUUUUAUUUCCACGGAGGUUAAAUAAGUGGUUAACAAAUAUAAAAGGGUAGUAUUUGGGGUAAAAAGUCCCUAAAUAAAGGGCCUGUGAGCUCACAAAAAAAAAAAAAAAGCCAAAAACCAAAGCCAAAAACACUGUAGCACGAUAAAAAUCAGUUUUCAUUUGUGAAAAAUGCCUGUGAUAAUAUUGUAUGUUCGUUAUGUACAGUACUGUACCGAAAGAAUAAAAUAUAUAGUUUAUCAAAUGCCAAAAACGAGUGAAAUAAACAGGAAACGAUACAAAACUUGUUGAACUGAUUACUUUAUGUACUUAUUGCUUUACCUGCAAAUGAUUUCUGUUCUAUUAUGAAAUGAAUAAACCACAAAAACAACAAAA